UUUGGUCGCCAGUAACGAAUCUUCUCCAGUAGCGAAUCAAAAUCGUUAAACUUACUAUCUAUAAUUAUUAUUGUCAAAGAAAAUGUUAUUUAAACGCUGUUAUUGUUUUCAGGAACCUUUAGCAGAUAUGAAUACACUUUGUUUACUUUCGAUGGUGACCUGUUUAUUUUCCCAUGAUGCUAUCCGUGUUACAGGUACCGACAUGUACACAAUUGUAGCCUCGUUUUGAAACAUAAAAUUCGGAACGUCAUACUGCGCUGAUUUAAUUUGAUAUUUCUUUUCAAAAGCUUAAAAGCAUAAUUAAAGAUUAUGGGUCCAAAGCGUAAAGGGCCAGGAACUCCUACCCAGAAAAAGGCAAAGACGAUUCUAAAGAAGUAUGGUAGAAGAAUGACCCCUGACAAGAGACAAAGACUGAGGAAGGCAUUAUUUAGUUGUUAUGCAAAUGAUGGGCCCUCUACUGACAGACCUACAAGUAGCAGAUGUGACCAAUCACCUGUUGGGAAAAUGCCUUCAAACCCCACAAAAAUUUUACUGAAAAACUGUGUUAUUAAAGGCUAUCAUGUCUUUCAAAUCCGUCCUCCAAAAACAAAUCCACCUACACAACUAACUAUUGAUAGGGAGUACACAAAUACCCAUGAUGCAAAUGCUUGUCUUGUCUGGCUCCCACCUUUGGAAACAUUCCCGGAACAUAUUCAUGAUCAGUUCACUGACGAAAAAAGACAAUUAAUUUUAAGUGAUGUAGCCAGGUCACCUAUUGGACAUGUGCCUAAAUGUCUCAGUGAGGUAUUUUGUGAUGUCAUGGAUAAUGGUGGCAAGAUAUUUGCUGAAGUCACUGGGGACCCAGUACCUAGUUUUCCACCAUGGCCAUCUAAAGACCAGGAAGGUGGUGGCAUUGUUUUACCUUGCCAAUACUCGUUUUUUGAUAUUGAUAUUGAUGUGUGUUUUAAUAAACUUAAGAAAUGUUUGGAUAAUGUCACUGAGGGCAAGAUUAUGGAACUUCUGAAAGAACUAUAAGCAUGUUAAUUUGUUAUAAUCACAAGCAUAUGUCUCAUUUUAUUAGCAAUACUUAAGGAUAUAGGCUAGCUUUUAUUAAAGGCGUUAAAGUACAUCUCAUUAUCAUGUUUUUUUGCAAGUUUGAAUA